AUGGACCGCGCUCGCCGCGCAGCAAACAGCCGCCGCAAGCCCCAGGGAGCCUCUUCGUCUCCGCCGUCCGCGACUGCGUCGGCCUCUGCGUCUGCCUCUGCGUCGGCCUCGGACGCCUCGCGGGAGCGGCAUCAGUCGUCGGCCAGUCCCAUCAUGGCGCAUGCCACUAACACUCCCCAAACCGCACCGCAAGGCCGGCGCGCCAACAAAGCCCUUCAGCCUGCCUUUACCUUUUCCACCCCAGGCCCUGUCCGGCCGUCGACGCUGAGGAAGAGGUCCAAGACCAUGGACGACUACGCCGUGGCCGACGACGACUUUGAAAACGACAGCAGCCCCAAAAAGGGCGGUCACAGCCUGCGCAAACGCGCGCGUGUCGACUACACCCUGGAGCAGGUUGACGACGACGGUGACUUUGCGGCGGCUGCCUCUGCUGCCUCUGCUGCCUCUGCCUCUGCCCCUGCCUCUGUCAAUACCGCUCCCUCAGCCUCAGCCUCGGCGACGGCAGCGGCAGCGGCAUCAUCGUCUUCUUCAGCCUCGCGCAACGGCAAGAAGCGCCGCACGGAGAGCUCCAACUACGACUCUGAGGACUUCUACGGACCCAACCCCAAGCGGCGAGGCGUCUCCGUGGACGCUGACACGCCCUCGAGCCGCCGCCGCUCGUCCGCCCGCAAGCUGCUCGAGGCCAAAGCCUACAAGGACGACGUCGACGACGACGAAAAGGACGUCCAGGACACCAUUGAGGUCGGCGUCACGGCCUUUGCAGGCCCGGACGAGUCUCCCUCGGACGCCUCGUCUGCAGACCUGUCUCUGCCUCUGUCUGCCGGCCCACAAAAAUCUACACCCGUGCAGCCAGUCUCUGAGCAGCAGCAACAGCAACAGCAGCAUGACAGCACGACUCUUGCCGGCCUCGCCGAGCAGCAGCAGCAGCAUCACGACGCUCAUGAUCCGGCCUCAAUUGCGUCUCCCAUUGCCGCGGAUUCCACUGCCGACAUGGCCGCUGUUUCUGCCACCACCGGCUCUAUCAAGCCUCGCUCACACUCACCCUCUCACUCGCCCUCUCACUCGCCCUCACCCGCAGCCGCUCACCCGCCAUCCGUGUCCGUGCACGCGCCACACCUCACCACCGCACCAGCCUCAGACCCUCCUGAAGGCCCGGCCCAGCCACAACUCAAAUCGCAAGCCCGCGACGCCACAGUUGUGCCCUUGUCUGCUUUGGACGUUACAGUUCAGGGCGACAACUCGCUAGCACAGCAGCCAGAGGCAGAGGCAGAGUCCAGCACACAUAUAAAGAAUGGCAUCGACGACCCGCGGGCCUCUGAGGAACCCGUGCAGUCUGUUGACUCUCUGCAUCCUCCAUCCGCGCUGCCUUCGUCGCCGCGUCUCGCAUCGCGGACUGCGGCAGACGACGCUUACACGCCUGUGGCACCCGCCGCUGACAAAGACACUGACGCUGAAGCCGCUGCACCUCUCGAGCCGCCUCUCCAACUUCCCGAAAAGGAAAUUCGCCAGGGCCGCGCUGUAGAGCCGCAGGACAGCGAGACGCCUGCCCAGCCGCGGCCUCGGUCUCAGUCUCAGUCUCAGCCGGAGCCUCAAUUGGUGCCUCAGCCUGCUGCGUCCGCCUCGGCUUCCAUCGAUGAGCAGCCAUACUAUCCUUCGGCUGCCGCUCACCUGUUUACCGUGUCUGCCCCAUUGGCGCAGCACCCUCAACCUGAGCCUGAGGCUCAGCCUCAACUUCAACUUCAGGCUCAUCACCAAGAUUCCCAGGAUCAAGAUCGAUAUCAAGAUCAAGAUCAAGAUCAGCCUCAUACCCCUGCACCCGACAUGUGCACCAACACUCAAGAGCAGUCUUCGGAGCAAGACUCCAAGACACCCAGCCCCGUGCCGGCCGUGGCCAUAUCUGUGACCGUCGCGAGCUCUCCAGCCUCUCCCACCACGUCUGGUUUCGACUCGGCCAUUAUGGAAGCUUCGCAGUCGACAAGCGCCGAUACGAAGUGCGCCGACCAUCUCGUGCCACAGUCCGAGGGCGACGUCGUCACCGCUCAGCCAUUGGCAGAUGGCGAGAUAGAAGACUCAGCAGCGGAUCCCGCAAGCCGAGCAUCGCAGGCUCUCUCCGAGCAAGACGCAUCGCCCCGUGCUUACAAGCCUACUGGCAAAUGGAGCCACCUCACCCCGUACAUUGAAGGAGAAUAUGUCUGGUAUCCCGAGAAGAAGGCGGCCCAAGAAGACGAGGCCGCCGCCAACGAGGACCCGGCUGCCGAUGAACUGGAGCCGGUCGUCGAGGACAACGACGACGUGGCCGACGCCACUGGCACGGGAGCGCCCACCAACGCGCUCAACACACCCCUGCGAGGAUCACCCGUUCUCGACUCAAUGGAUCCCACUGCUUACAACUCUCCCGCCGUUGUGGGAGAGGACGGCGACGAAGUGGACGUUUCCGAAGAGGCGCCCGAGCGUAGCCGAUCAUUCCGCUACCGCAAACUCAGGUCGCCCGAGGAGUUCAUCGAAAUCUUCAAGGACUAUCAAAACAUGCCGACGGACGAACUCGCGGAAGCUCUGAACGUCGUCACAACUGCCAUGGCUUACUGGCAAGACGAGUGGAACUGCCUCGGCCAAGAGGUUGACGACUACGAAAACUCGCUUCGCCGCCGCGCGGCAGAUGUCAAGUACGAGAACCGCACACGCAACCUGAAUCAGCAAGGCAUCAGCUGGGAGGAGCCCGAGUUUGUCGUCAAGGGCUACAGGGCCAAGGACAAAGAAGGCAUGAAUGAGACGCGCUACCUCCAGAGCCAAGACAAGAUCAUGGCUGCCGCCUACGGCUUCGAGUAUGAUCCGCACCCAUCCAAGAUUGGUCGCCAGAAUCCCGAGACCCAGCAGGCGGGCAUCAUGACGCGCGGCCGUUCGCUGCGCAACCAGCCCAAGCCCACGGCCAAGGCCACCGAGGCGGA